GGGUUACGACAGAAUAAACGAGUUUCAUUGUUAGCCUUUGUUUUGGUCGUAUAAACCAGCUGAUUGAGAGCGCACGUGUGAAAGGGACAGCGCGCUUUCGUUAUAUCGGUGAAGCACUGUUGAUCGAUGUUUCUACGAAGUGUUACUUUAGGAACUGACUGGUGAAAUCAAUCAAAUUGAAUGACGCUAGAAUUUCUGAUAUUCAAUACAGGUCGCGUAACGCAACCGUAAAAAAUCCCGAGAUUUCGUUUAAAUAUAUCUAUUUCAUUCAGCGUACUGUGACGUGGUCAAAGCAGACCAAAACGUGAAUAUGAAAUGUAAACGAGAAUCGAAUUUCUGUUCGCGACAGAAGAUGAAAAUUUGUGGUGUACUGUUUCCCAAAGAGCUGUGUUGUCGUUUGUACAUGGUGUGUGCGCGUUAUUGAGGAAAUGCAAUAUAAUGGGUUGAUAUUUGCAUAUAGAUAGUUAAAUAGUGCUUGAAAAAUUCCGCAUCAUACGAUUGCAGUGACAAGGAUGUUUGGGUCUAGGUAAAAGUAAAUUAGUGACCACAGUGCUAAAAUGAAAUAUCGUUUGUAAAGUGCCAUUUCUGUUGUGUUAAGAUACGCGCAAACAAUUUAACUAUUUAAAAAGGUAGAGCUGCAAUUUAAUUAAAUAUGCCACCACCGACGAAACGCAUUAAACAAGAGCCGGGAACGUCGGCAGCCGCGGCGCCUGCAGAGACUGCUGAGGCAAAUGGAGGCAUGAAUGCGGGCCUUCCAAAGCCGGAACCUGUGGAAGCAACGAAUGCUCAAGAAAUCGAGGAGACUAUAAUGAAACUCGUUGAGGGCCAAAAAGAGGGAAUCAACGAAAGUAUUAUGAAGGUGGCAAUGCCAAACGUAACUCCGGCUCAACGUGUAAAUGCAAUCAACAAACUUCUCUCUAAAGGCAAAAUUGAGAUUCUUAAACAGGGUGGAACACUUGUUUAUAGAUAUGUGAAUCAGGACAGGACAAAAGGCUGUGACAAAGACGAGCGUGUUGUGUUUCAAGUGAUCGAACGAGCUGGCAACAAAGGAAUUUGGGUUCGAGAUAUCCGCUCGUUUUCAGGCCUGGUUCUCCCUCAACUUAAUAAAGUCCUCAAGAACCUCGAAACUAAGAAGCUGAUUAAAGUCGUUAAGUCCGUGUCGGCUUCAAAGAAGAGGUUGUAUAUGCUAUACGAAUUGGAGCCUGACAGGUCAGUAACUGGCGGCGCCUGGUACUCUGGCCAGGAGUUCGAGUCCGAGUUUGUGGAGAUUCUACAGCAGCAAUGCUAUAGAUUUCUAGCACAUAAAGGGAAAAAUGCUGCGGAGAAGUACCAAGAUGACGUGGUAAAUAUGCGGAAUAAUUCGGUCGCAAGCACAAAGGAGGUUUGGAGCUUUAUCAAACAACUUGGGAUUUCGAAGGUCGAGUUAGACGUGGAAGAUAUCAAUGUGAUACUCGGAACUUUGCGGUUCCAGGGGAAAGUCGUUCGUUCGGUUAGUUCAGAGAAGUUAAAAGAUUCGAAUGACUAUCUUUGUCUCUGGGCUGCCCUCGACUCUCUAUAUCAGAGCCCGAUGGCCAUAUGCAACAUUGCAUGUGGGAGAUGUCCCGUCAGACAUGACUGUAGCAUUCAUGGUGUCAGGAAUCCUUUGAAAUGCGAGUACACCGCUGACCUCCUCAAGGACAUUGAGGAUCUAGAAAACAAUCCUUCAGAGGAGAUCGAUCCAUCGGGCCCAAUUUGCGAUGCAUUACUUGACUAUUAGUGAAUAAUCUCUGAUUUUCGAUGUUACGUCGGUGCUGGCGCAGUUAGAAAUCCUACGAUAAGUCCGUUUAUUGAAUUAUGUUAAAGCAAUUGGCUCGUGUUUGUAUCUGCCCAAACUUGUCAUCACAAUAUUUCUUUUUUCUUCGCCAUACUCCAGGCUUGCUUAGCCUAAUUGUGAAAAUAUAAAAAGAAGAUGUAUUAUGUGCCUAGUUAUUUACCAUGGUUUGCUCGUGAUUUUUCGGUCAUCCUUAUUUCUCUAAUUGAAUUUAUGUUAGUAUGUCAAUGGACAAUACUGCUGUAUCUCUAUAACUGUGCCUAUUUAUUACUAUCUAUUAAAGAUCAUCUAAGAAAGUGAGAGUCUAUCUAUAGAAUACUGAAGUUCCCAAUGCUGGCCGUGCGCUCCCCGGUAAAGCUAUGUAUUUAUAAUUACAUUGACUUGAUCUGUUUUCGUAGUUAGAACGUUUCGUGACUGAGUAGCGAAUAAAGUCUACAGAAGACUGGAAGCGAGAGAUGCCUGUGUAAACAGCCUAUAUUUAGCUCACUAAUGAGAGUUGAUAACUACAUAGCUCAUUGAUAAUUGUGGACUGAUGUGGGCGGAUAUAUUCUUUUGCCAAAAUGAGACUUCUACCUGAGUGAUAUACGUCAUUGUGGAAUGUACAUUAUGGUCGCUUGCAAAACGCACAGUGUAUAUGAAAAUAAGCAAUAUUUUUGUGAAUGAUUUGCUAUGUACACUCUCAAAAAGAGGCACGGUUUGACAUCGACUAACUGAGCUCGCCACUGAUUAUCUUCUUUGCCAUCUAGCCUGCUCAUUCGCCGGUUAUUCUAAAUGGAUACCUCUGCAAGCAUAGACGACUAGUGCUGUUAGAAUAAGCUAGAUAAAGGUAAUCGUUUACGACGUGUAAUUUUGCAAAAAAUUAUUUGCAAUGACUACCUAUGAAAUUACUAGUUGCACUUAUAAACUUAUUUGUUAGUUUCACAAACACGGUAGACUAUACGGAAACUAAAUUUGUUAGUUUAUAGCUAUAUAUAUAGUUUAUAGCAAUAUAGAUUUCACUCACUCUCAAUAAUGGCCAAUGAAGAAGUUUUCGAUAUUCAACUCGAGUAGUCGAUAAGAGUUAGUUGGUAAAAAAAAAAAUUAAGACCGAAAGUUUCAAAAAACCUUUGUGCUGUACUACAGUGUAAUUGCCUGCGGCACUGAUGAAAGCCGUAAAUACAUCAGUCCAUAGAGUGCUUAAAGGACAACUAUAAUAUUUUAAAAAAGUAAUGCAAAGUGGCGGAGUAGUAUACAUAUGCUAGGAAAUAAAAUACGAUACGAUAUAUUACCUAAUUGGGGUGGAGUGGGUGCAGACAAAAAUAACUGCGACUUUGUAUUUAUUUUUUAUUUCAAUAAUUUUGCUCAUUUGAAAUGUCAAUAAAUUAAGAUGAUAACUAGUUAAACUACGUACGACGUGAUUUAUUACAUACGUCAAAUAUCGACAGGGAGUAAAAUAAAGCAAAGCAAAAACAAUAACAAGUACAUGGCAAUAGACUGCCAAAAGAGUUGGGCCGUGUGUGUGUAGAAGUGAGAUGCCCCUAUAACACGUCCAUUACAGACAAUGUUUUCGCUCUGCAUUAAAGCAUUGAAUGUCAUCAUCUACUUAAUUAAACAAUAACAAACAACAGAACUGAUCAGCUGAGCGGACGCACGUUAUUGGCCCCUGCUAGACGAGUAAAACUGCACUCCUUAGCUUCUUUUAGUUAUUCCUAACUAUAAGCCUGUGCAUUGAUGGUACUAGCUGACUAACUAGACGGUAAUAGCUGCAGGUUCGGCAAAACUUGAUGACUUGCCACGUCGUUUCUGAGUGGACUUUACCGUAGACUAUCCUUGACUUAAGUUGAGAAAAACAGAUUAUGUCAUGCUAUUCUACCUGUACGUGAGGUAUGAAACAUAUAGUCGAUACGAUUGACCGACCCUUGCGUUUUUGGGUUUCCUACACUGAAAGUGUGCUUGCGUCUACAAUAUACAAACCUUUACUCUGAUGUCCAGGUUUAAAAAUCUCCGUAUUUUUAAAUGCUUUAUUGGUCCAGUAUUGAGUAACACAACGGACACGAAUGACUCUUAUCCUUAUGGAUAAGAUAACAAUACAUUAGCCAU